AGCUAAAGGCAAAGUGGUGUUUGUGCGUAUGUGUGCUGGGGGUGGCGGGCACCUCCAAGCUGCUGAAAUUGAAGAGAAAGGAAACACGAAUGCAAAGGGGUGAGGAUCAAGUAGCUGCAUUAAAGCUCCUGGCUCAACACAAUGAUCUGAGAGGAGAAAUAUGAAGCAAUGAGGGUUUAGAGGAGAUUUGUCCCAGCUGAGAGAGCUGGCUGACUCCUACACUUCCCAUUUACCUGAUUCUGCUCCCCCUUAUCCCCGCCUCCAGCUUUGCUUCUUGCCGGCUUCUCUCUCCUUCAAUGGAGAGAAGACGAGUGGCGGGUGGAAGAGGACAGACCAGGAGCUGGGUGAUCUUUCAGUCGUGAGACUCAAUAGACAGCCGGACAAGGAACACUCCUGUUCUCAGCUGGGCUUGGCGCUUCUCUUUCCAACCUCGGUGGCUUCAGAAGUGUUGGGUUGAUAGAGGUCAGUUGCUCUGAAGAACUGAAUCAAGAAGCGUAUCGUGUACCGGGAACUUCAAACAGCCUGUUGUAGCACGUAGCAGGUCUUCCUAAAACAUUGUUUCCCAAGGCUGGUGUAGAAGUUCCCUGUCCUUCUCAAGAAAAUGAGGGCGGAUGGUGAAAAUGUGAUCCUAAGAAAUGUUCUGGUUAGCCUGAACGUAAUGCUGUUGGCAUCCAUCUUCAGACCCUUUGAAUGCCACCUGGAAGUGAUGACAGAGAGAGUUAAAAAACAGGUGACUGAUGAAGAAGGCAGCUUUGCCAACUACACAUCCCCUAUCAAAGAGCAACCCAUGGUCUUCAGCCAUAUAUACAACAUUAAUGUGCCUCUGGACAGCCUCUGCUCCUCAUCCCUAGAGGCUUCAUCUGACCCAGAGGUGAGUUCGGAAGAUGACCGGAUGACGGAAUACACCGAGCAGACCUCAGACAGUGAGAGCCAGGUCACCUUCACCCACAAGAUAAACCUCCCCAAACAGACUUGCAAGUGUGCCGCCUCCUCCCGGGACAUACAGGAGCUGCUGAGCAGGAUUGAGAUGCUGGAAAGGGAGGUGUCUAUACUCCGAGACCAAUGCAACUCCAAUUGCUGUCAAGAAAAUGCAGCCACAGGGCAGCUGGAUUACCUCCCCCAUUGCAGCAGUCAUGGUAACUUUAGCCUGGAAAUCUGUGGUUGCAUCUGCGAUGAAGGCUGGGCUGGAAAGAAUUGCUCUGAGCCUCUCUGUCCCCUUGGCUGCUCUAGCCGGGGUGUGUGCAUUGAUGGCCAGUGUAUUUGCGACAGUGAUUAUAGUGGGGAGGAUUGCUCCGAGGCACGUUGCCCAACUGACUGCAGCUCCCGAGGACUCUGUGUGGAUGGAGAAUGUAUCUGUGAAGAAGGCUUUGCUGGAGAAGACUGUAACGAGCUCAGAUGCCCAGAGGACUGCUCAGGGAAGGGAGUCUGUGCCAAUGGGACUUGCAUCUGCCAAGAGGGCUAUAUAGGGGAAGACUGUGGGCAGCUGAGGUGCCUCAACGCUUGCAGUGGGCGUGGAUUUUGCCAAGAAGGCCUGUGCUCUUGCGAGGAAGGUUACCAAGGACGGGAUUGUUCAGCAGUUGCUCCUCCGGAGAGUCUGCAAGUGGCUGCAGUCAGAGACCAAUCAAUUGACCUGGAAUGGGAUGGCCCAAUGGCUGUGACUGAAUAUGUCAUUUCCUACCAGCCAGCUGUGCCAGGGGGUCUGCAGCUCCAGCAGAGGGUGCCAGGUGACUGGAGCACUGUCACUCUGAAGGAGUUAGAGCCAGGCCUGACAUACAACAUCAGCAUCUAUGCUGUUAUCAGUGAAGUGCUCAGUGCCCCUGUUGGAGUCAAGGUAGCCACCCAACUCUCUACUCCACGAGGACUGCAGUUCAAAACUAUCACAGAGACCACUGUUGAGAUGGAAUGGGAACCCUUCUCCUUCUCCUUUGAUGGCUGGGAGAUCAGCUUCAUCCCCAAGGACAAUGAAGGGGGCGUGAUUGCUCAACUUCCCAGUAGUAUGACAACCUUCAAUCAGACCGGUCUGAAAGCAGGUGAAGAGUACACAGUCAAUGUUGUAGCUCUCAAGGAACAAGCCCGAAGUUCACCCACUUCAGCCAGUGUUUCAACCUUAAUUGAUGGGCCAACCCAGAUUUUGGUUCGUGAUGUCUCUGACACUGUGGCCUUUGUUGAAUGGUCUCCACCCCGGGCAAAAGUGGACUAUAUUCUACUGAAAUAUGGCCUAGAGAAUGAAGAAGGGGGAAAGUCUACUUUCCGCUUGCAGCCUCCACUGAGGCAGUAUUCCAUGCAAGCUUUACGACCUGGCUCCCAAUAUGAAGUCUCUAUCUCUGCUGUCCGUGGUGCUAAUGAGAGCGAUGCUGCAAUCACCCACUUUGUAACAGAAAUUGAUGCUCCGAAGAAUUUACGCGUACUCUCUCGGACAUCAGACAGCCUAGACCUUGAGUGGGACAAUAGUGAGGCGGAAGUGGAAAACUUCAAAGUGGUAUACAGCACCCUGGCUGGUGAGCAGUACCAUGAAGUUUUGGUGCCACGCAAUGCAGGUGCCACAUCCAAAGCCACACUCACUGACUUGGUGCCAGGAACAGAAUAUGGAAUUGGGAUUUCAGCUAUAAUGAAUAGUAAGCAGAGUGUUCCAGCCACCAUGAAUGCAAGAACUGAGUUGGACAGCCCUCAUGACCUGAUUGUGACAGCUUCCACAGAAACAUCCAUCUCUAUGUCCUGGACCAAAGUCAAGGGUCCCAUUGAUCAUUAUCGGGUCAUCUUCAUGCAAGCUUCAGGAAUGGCAUCAGAAGUUACUGUCUCUAAAGAUAAAUCUGAGCUUACACUCACAGACUUAGAACCUGGGACUGAAUACACUAUCUCGGUCAUUGCUGAAAGGGGCCGACAGCAAAGCUUGGAAAACACUGUGGAUGCCUUCACAGGAUUCCGACCGAUCACACAACUUCACUUUUCUCAUGUAACUUCCUCCAGCGUGAACAUCACUUGGAAUGACCCCUCACCUCCAGCAGAUAGGCUGAUACUGACCUACAGCCCCAAAGAUAAGAAGGAAACCAAGGAAGUGAUGCUGGACCCUACAAAGAGACAUGCUGCUUUGUCAGGUCUACAACCGUCCACCGAGUAUAUCAUUUCCCUGGUGGCUGUACAUGGCCUUGUCAGCUCUGAGCCAAUAGUUGGUUCAGUCACAACAGGGAUUGAUCCACCGAAGAACUUGACAAUUGUCAAUGUGACUACAGAAUCUGUGGCUCUCCAUUGGGCACCUCCAAUUGCACCUUUUGACCACUAUAAGAUUUCCUGCAAAUCUGCCCAAGGACGGGUUGACAAUAUAGUUAUUGCAAAAGGUAUUACUGAAUAUACUCUCAACUACUUGCAGCCUUCAACUGAAUAUGAAAUCAGCCUAAAAAGUAUAAGGGGCAGAGAGGAAAGUGAACCACUUUUACAUACCAUGUAUACAGCCAUGGAUCAUCCAAAGAAUUUGAUUGCCAUAAACAUUACCCCAACAGAAACCUUGCUAAAGUGGGACCCGCCUGGGGUUGAAGCUGAAAAUUAUGUCAUUGUGCUUACCCAUGACAAUGUUGCAGGAGAAACUAUUUUGGUGGACAGGACCGAACAAGAAUAUAAGCUUAUUGAUUUGCUUCCCAGUACCAGCUAUAAAGUCACCAUGUAUGCCAUCAAUGGGCCUGUCACAAGUAGAACCAUCUUCACCAACUUUACUACUCUUUUGGAUCCGCCAUCAAAUCUUACAGCAAGUGAAGUGACUCGGCGAAGCGCUCUUCUUUCAUGGCUUCCUCCUGUAGCUGAGAUUGAGAACUACAUCAUGACCUACAGAUCCCCUGAUGGGAGCCGCAAGGAGCUGAUUGUGGAUGCAGAAGAUACCUGGAUCCGCCUAGAAGGCCUUUCUGAAAAUACAGAGUACACUGUGCGCCUGCAAGCAGCUCAAGAUGCUGUGAGGAGUGGAUUUAUCUCCACUAUCUUCACUACAGGAGGCCGUGUGUUUAUGAAUCCUCAGGACUGUGCCCAGCAUUUGAUCAAUGGUGACAAUCUGAGUGGCGUUUACACCAUUUCCCUUAAUGGGGAUCUCAGCCAGAGAGUGCAAGUAUACUGUGAUAUGACUACAGAUGGCGGUGGAUGGAUUGUUUUCCAGAGAAGACAGAAUGGAUUGACUGAUUUCUUUCGCAAAUGGGCAGACUAUCGCAUUGGCUUUGGAAACCUGGAGGAUGAGUUCUGGCUGGGGUUAGAUAAUAUGCACAAGAUCACAUCACAAGGGCGCUAUGAACUGCGGAUAGAUAUGAGAGAUGGUCAAGAAACAACUUAUGCCUAUUAUGACAAGUUUUCCAUUGGAGAUGCCAGGAAUCUCUAUAAGCUCCGGAUAGGGGAAUAUAAUGGCACUGCUGGGGAUUCGCUCAGCUAUCAUCAGGGACGUCCAUUUUCCACCAAAGACAGGGACAAUGAUGUUGCCGUUACAAACUGUGCUAUGUCAUACAAAGGGGCCUGGUGGUAUAAAAACUGUCAUCGAACUAACCUCAAUGGUAAAUAUGGUGAAUCCCGACACAGCCAGGGUAUUAACUGGUACCAUUGGAAAGGACAUGAGUUCUCCAUACCUUUUGUGGAAAUGAAAAUGCGGCCGUAUAACCAUCGCAACUCCCUGGGGAGGAAACGUCGAUCAGUACAACUGUGAAACGGCAGGAAUCCUUCUGGACAAGCAGUCCUUUUCUGUCAAGCAUUUGCAUUUUAUAAUAUGAAAAGAACAAAAGUAAAACUGAGGUAGAAACCUGCUCCAUGCUGAGGGCUGAGGAACACCAUGAUACCCCAGAGGGCUGACUAACUUUGAUACAACCAUAAUGCUUGCUAUCAUUCCUAGGAACCUAUUGGGCUCCUGCCUAGCCCCACUUCUUUGGGUUUUCAUUCCAUUUCUUCUUGAAAUUAUUAGUCAAUGGUUUCAUUUAAGGUCUUUGUCUUAACCCAAUUUCUGCUGUUGGUUAUGGCCGCUAGAUCUGAGCAGCAAAAAUCCAAGUGAUCACUAAAUGACAGAAAGAGUUAGCAUUUUCUCUCCGUCUUUUUUUUGCCAUCCAGAUUUUUGCAAUCUAGAUCUGUUGGCCCAGUUCAGCCCUGUUAUAGAUGCUUUCUUUUACUGCUUUACUGGAGGGUACUGAGGGGGAGGAGCUCAAAGAGCUAUUUUUAAAGAUAUUUGGAUCCAUGCAGCUAUAUGAUUGAAGCAGAAUUUUCACAAUGAUGCUUAUUGAGUCAACGUAAGGCCAUCUGCCAGGAAGAGAAGACAAAUUAUAGCUAUUUAUUUCAACUCAUGUCGAUCCCAUCUUGCACUGAGCAAGCAACAAGAACAUACAUACAGCCCCAUACACAUACACACAUACAUAUUCAAACAAACAUAUGCAUAUACACAUACACAAACAUUUAUACAUACACAUAAACAAGCAUAUAUAAUUCCUAAAACAGUAAUCUUCACAUUCACAAAUUAGCUUAUAGUUACGAAUGCUGCAGACAUACAUACUCUGAACUCUAUUUGGAAGCAAAGUCCUCACUUCUAUUCUAGACUGUUUUCCCUCCGUAUUGUUUUGCCUUAUUUAUUAGAGGCUAAAUUAAGGAAAGGGAUUGGUGGAUUACCCUGGCUUUGUUUCCUUUCCCACCCAGUGCCAUCACCAAUUAAUCUUCCUAGAAAGGAUGGAACGGAGUUCAAUUUUACAUGGAUGCCUAAAACAGUACGUUGAGCCAUCAAUCAAGUUCUCUGCCUAGCAAAUGGUUGGUACUAAAGAGUGGGGAAUGGGGUAAAGCAGACAGGUGUUUCCUGGUGUUCCUCAUAACUCCCUCCUUUGUGUCUAUGACCCUUCAGGGUAUUUCUGAACACAAGUCCAGUACUCUUCUGAAAGAGCCCUAACCCUGACGCAUUAAAAGCAAAAGUGGUUGCACAGAGUGGAGGAGAAAGGAACAUUAAUGAGUGAGAUCCAAUGAGUGAGAUCCAUCUUUAUUUAAUGCUGCAAAGGAGAGGCAGUGCUGGCAGCAAAUGGCCAAUAAGUACAUUUCUGGCAUCAUGGCAGGCACUGAAAACUAGGUGGUAGUUGGGCACAGAGAACACACAACUGGAAUUGAUCCACGUAUAAUAACAGCAUGUAACCCAGCACUGCCAAAUCCAGAAUGGAGUGGGCAGAAUUACACAGCCAUCCCCACUGCCACCAGGGGCUACAUGAGUUAGUGUAGUAGAGUGUUGCACACGUGGCUACAAGAAUUGCAACUGCAGUAUAUUAGUCCCCGAAGGGCAAGGUAACAAGUGUAGCAUGUGUGCAAGUCCUCAGAAAUAAUAAAAGUAGCAAAAAUUGUAAACUACGCAAUCACUUUAAAUCUCUUUUUUUGUAGAUACAAGGGGGAAAGUCUGUAAUAUAUCCAGUGGUGACCAUAGCUAGCAGAAAUCUGUUUCCCACUUUAUAUUGAUCUUCUAUGUGGCACAGGACUAAUUUUCAUCCAAGAGACCACUACACCCAUGCUAUAAAAGAGGUUCAGCACUCUUGCAGAUAAGCACCAAACCAUAUUUACAAGGAGCCACUGAAAGACAUGGCCAGCACUAUAGAAAGUGCCAAUAUGACAUUACAGGAUGCUGCAAUUGGAGCCAAACUGGCCAUAGACAGCAGUGCUAAGCAACUAUAGAAGUAGGGCUGUGCUUAACAGCAGCCUAUAGCGAUUAGUAGGGGUUGGAGUGAUCCCAUCUCUUGAUCUCAGCAACCAAAUGGUCAGUGAAGGAUGCCAGAGGAUACCCAUGACAGAAACUGUCAGGAGAACAGAGAGGUCUACUUUAAUACCAGAUGGGCAAAAUAUGGCAGAAAAAAAAAAGGAAUAGCCAAGCCAUGUUCAUGCUAUGACUAGGAGGACAUGAAGGCAAGACUUAAGAAGAUAAAUUCUUUAUAUAAUUACUUCCAACUAUAUAGUUACAGCAUGAUCACCAAAAGACAAAUAUUGUCCUCCUUUGUUGGGGAAUAUUGUUCACCCUUGAGAAUAAUCUCUGGAACCCAGAUGUAGCUGUUUGUUUAUUUUCUUUAAGAAAGAUCAGCAAGUGGAAAUAGGAGUUAAGAAUUGAAAUCCUGAAAUCUGGUUCAGAUUUCAGGAUAUGUAUUUAUCUUAACACAUCUGUCCUAUGUACUUUUCCCAGUCAAGUCUCUCCAGACUUCUUUCAGUCCAUGGCAAUUGCAGCCUCAGUCACAAAAAGCCUUCAUUUUGUGUUUUUCUAAAAAAAAAAUAAAAAAUCCCAUACUAUAAAUAAUAAAAAUCUUAACAUAGAUCUCUAUCUUUUCUAUCAUGGUCCCCGACCUGUCUUCCUCCAUAAUACCAAGUGGGGGGGAAAUCCACACAUGUAUCUGUUACACAUAGAAAACAAGCAUGAUGAAUUGGAGUUUAUCUUGCCCCAGAGCCUUCUGUAUGUGUAAGUUCUGUGGGUUGGUUAGGCAUGAAGGCACAUUCAAGUGAACCCAUGUUUGUAGGUUGUACAAGUUUCAAUAAAACGUAAGUCUAAUUAGAUGGGCAGACCUUAAUCUAGUUCAUUUCAAACACUUAUUCUUCUAUCUGCAUGUGCUGACCAAUUCCUUGAAUUGGUUCCUGCCCCUACACAUAGCAGUUUACUGUAUCUCCUCCAUAAUUACAAAAGUGAUCCAUUAGCUCACAAAGCAUUGUAUAAAUCACUGUGUCUGUAAACCCAAAACAGAAGCACCUGAUCCCUCUUAACAUGAGUUUGUACUAAAAAUCGUAACUACAGAGUGAACCAACACAAGUUAGUGACAUUUUUGAAAAUAUUUUAAUAGAAUAUGCAUCUAUAUAUGACCUUUAGAAAUCAAAUAACAGAAUUUUAAAUAAACAAACAGGAGCAUGGGAAACAUCUAAAUUAACAGCAAAGAUACUGAAGGUUAGUGAAUGGAUAUGUUCUUUUGAUUUGGCUGUGAGAUUAUUACAGUUGGGAAACAGCAGAGCAGGUAAAAAAAAUACACUAUUGGGAAAGGAAGGAAGGGAGGGACGGAGGGAGGAAGGAAGGAAAGAAGGAAGGAAGGAAGGAAGGAAGGAAGGAAGGAAGGAAGGAAGGAAGGAUCUUUUAAAAGAAUAGAAUAGCACACAACAGCCAUCUAGUGAUGCAAUCAAGGAUAUAUGGCAUGGAAUCAAGGAAGGAACUUUAGAUUAGCCAAACUACUUUAUGAGUCACUAAAUUUGCAUAACUGACAAUAAACAAGGAGGAACAGUGAGUCUAUCAUACACAUUGUUUUAGGGACAUUUGUUCUAAAGUGAAAAAAAGUAGAAACAUAAUCUAAUUUACAGAAAGUUUUUAAGUAUCCUAUCUGCCCAGCAAGUUUUAAAUUUCAAUAGAAUAUUGUAUUCCUUUGGGGUAUGUCGUUAUCAUCCUCCUCCUCCUCCUCCUCCUUCUCCUCCUCUAUUAAUCCAAUGAAUAUCAUUAGAAUGGGUUCUUUCCAAUGGUUAGAUUUUACCAAGAGACUAGAAAUCAUAGCAGUAUUGUCAUACUAUGUAGAAAGUUCCUAGCAAGGGUUUUUGUUUGUUUGUUUGUUUUGGCAAAGUCAAUACUAUUAAGUCUUACAAAUUUAAAACUUUCACAUAUUUGGUGAAUUCUUUAAUAUAGCUCCAACAAUGCAAUUACAUUGGUGUUAGAGAACUUUUUUUCCUUCCAAAGUCAUUCACUGCAAUUUGCUUAUCAUAAUAUUUUUCCAUUUGUUUUUCAAAUUUGUUCAACUAUCUCCUUGGAUUGCUACAUUUAUAGAACAUUUCUUCUUCUUAAUAAUAAUAGUGUGUUGCCUUUCAAGAAUAUACUGGUCUGUAUUUUUAACUUCACACAAUCCUGUCUUCAUUUUCUAAGGCUUUUUGAAGUUUAUGAUCCCACAGCUUUUAUGAAACCAAAUGUUUUACAUAAAUUCCAGUGCCAAAUUUUUGCAACUCUAUCCAUAGAUUAUAUAUUCAAUUUGGCUUAGUUUUGCUAAGCCACUAAUAAGGUAUUCUUUGAACUUACAUAGUAUUUGUUAUCAUUUGAAAUAUGUUCAGUUUUGGCAUUAAUGUUUGCUUGCAUACUGUGUUUUUGAGCUGCCAUGAUUAUUGUUCAAUUUCUUUUUAACUAUUUCAGCCACUGCCAAGUCAAAUUUUGGUUUUAUUUUCUUUCAAUAUCAUAUUGCGUAUGAAGAGAUUUAAAUUUCUAGGCAUUAAUUAGGUUUUACAAACUUCUACCAGUAGUGCUUUUUUUAUUAUAAUCAUUCAGGCCAUAUUUCUCUUCUACCCUUGUAUGCUCGACUUGAAGUAAUUCUCUCCCACCUUUACUUCUGGCGAAGUAGAACCUACCAAUCUCACCUCUUAUGUGAAAAGCAUGGUCAUUAAUUUUCUUGGUGUUUUCUUUUUUAUCAAGUAUGUCUAAUUCAGCUUGAGCCCAAUCAAUUAUACCCACACUAUAUUGAACAGCAGGAACAGCCCAAGUGUUUAUGUCUUUAAUUAUAUUCCCCACGCUUAAUUUUGUUUUCAAUUUUUAAAAUUUGUUUGAUAUAAUCAGAAUUGGUAUUCUUUUUAACUUGCUCAUGUAGUAAGUCGGAAGCUUCCCAUUAAUCCUUAAUAAACCUUCUUCUGGUGUCAA